AAUUCUUUACUUUCAAAGAAUUUAUAACUGCGAUAACGUUUUUUUAUAUUAAUUCACUAUCUUUUAAUGUUCUAUAAUAUUUCCAAGAAUAGAGGAAACUAAGAAAAUAAAGGAAAAAUCCGAAUUUUAAGUUAAGCUUGCUGCAAUUUAUUAUUUAAUUCAAUUUAAGUAAUUGUGUAUGUAUGUAUUAUUAUUUUCUCUUAUCAAUAUUUCAUUUUGAUGGAUAUACAUAAAAUCUAAAAUGAUUUCUCUCUAUAGUUGUCCGUUUGAUCCAGUGGACCCAGAAAAAAAAAGAUGACACCACCUUUGCCUUACUUUCACAUGAAAUCUUAUCUUGGAAUCCCUCUUAUAUGCCCUUGGCAUAUCACCGAAGGUAUGCAAUAAAUCCAUCUUGUGUCAAUGAUCGUUUAAUCUAAAUUAUACAUGAUGGCUAGAGUUAUGGAAACAAUUCUAUUCAGCUUAUUUUUAAUCCGCGCAUCUGCAUGCCACGUAACAUCUUCAUAUGCGGUUGCAUCUUGCUCCUUAUGACACAAGAGACUCCCGGUUUUCGAACUCAGCAGUAAAAUUCGCGUCUCACAUGGCGGUUCCACAUGCGUGAUCUUUUCAUCUGCAGGAACCGCGCUCUUCUCCUCUACCGGGAUUCGCGGAUGGACGGACAGUGAUAUGCAGAACGUGCGAAGGAAGAUAAUAAUAUGCGCGAGAUACGACGGCGCCAUUCAGCAUUCCGGCCGAUUAUUCGAUCGUAGUUAACUGCAUUCCGAGCUCGGAGAUCUUCCCUCUCUCUCUCUCUCUCUUUCUUUCUCUCUUUCUUUCUUUCCCGCGUACAUCACGUAGAAACACGUGACCGGGAUGUAUCCGCGGGUUUAUCCACCGAUGUGCCGGGAUAUCCUACCGCUGCUUUCCCCACCAAGGGAAUCCUCACGGGGUCCAGCGUACGACGAAACCACUUCUACACUAUCGUCCGUGCCGCCUCUUCUGGUGCUUCAUUCUUCGCUGACGCAUUCUACCCGGCUGGUGGUCUCGGUGCACGGUAAUCCCUUCUACCGGUGAUCCCUCUCCUUUUUUGAAGCGCGUCUUCAGUAUCGCUCAUCUUGAUUCAUUCAUCGAUUUCCUCCCAUCCGUGCUGAUACGUCACUUCCAAGCAGUCCGCUGUGUAUUUUCCGUCGUAUAACUAAAAAAAAAAACGAUAAAGACAAGAAUAGAAAAACCUAUCAACAUCACCGGCUACUGUGUGGAUCGCUGUAUUUAUUGCCGUUUCGUCGGCGAUCGCCGGCAGACGUUACUCGGAUUGCGAGGAGAAAAAUGCCUUCGCGAGUGUGUUGAUCCUUGGCUCGGGCUCGGGGAACGACGAAACUUCUGUUGACGUUUCGUCGGCAUCGAACGUGCCUCAUCCAUCAGACAUCACUUACGGCGGUCGCGCGGUUCGUCGGUUCCAUCAAUUAUCUCGAUUACCCGCGGCAUUUUAUAACGACAUUCGUUUCUUCGUCGUGGUAACCCACGUUCGGUGACGUUCUGUGAUCAGUGCAGUUUUCGCCGACGCGCUCUUCGGAUCGAUUGGCAGCGCCAGACGCGAAGCAUUCGCCGCUGAAGGUACGCUGAACGUGCGCUUCUGAGGAGUCAUCGAGGAGCUUCUUACGGUUCAAGGCGCUUGCACUGACGAAGAAUCGAGAAAUUUGGCAUUAUGGAGCUGACAAGUCACCUGCACACGUCGGUAGAAUUGCCAACGAACGAAACGUCACUUUACCAUGAUAUGGAAACUCAUUCCUCGCAUAAGGACAGCUGGGAAGAUGUACUAACAGCUAAAGCCGUCACUAUGGUGGUUCUAUGUAGCGUUAGCACGAUUAUGGGCAUCAUACCAAUGUUUCUGGCCAAGUGGUUCAAGUGGGACAUGAGCGGACAAAAUCCAAGAUCAAUGCAGAUAGUAAGAAUUCUACUCGGUUUUGGCGGUGGUGUUCUAUUUAGUACAACAUUUCUCCAUUUAAUACCGGAAGUUGCGGAAGGUGUCGAACAUCUCGUUAUAGAAGGCAAAAUAACUCCCAUGAAAUUUUCGUUGGCAGAAGCACUCGCAUGCACCGGAUUCUUCAUUAUGUACCUGGUGGAAGAAUCCGUGCAUACGUAUCUCAGAAAAAGAACAGCGGAUCGGGAUAUAACUAUUAAAAAGGACGUGAAUCGCAGUACGAAUGAAUUGGUGGAGAACGGUCAUCCGACGCCGUACCCCAGCAACAAUCAUUCGCACGCGGGUCACAGCCACUUACCGACAAUAAUGGACGAUAACGACGACUUCUUGAUAACUUCCCUGAGAGGAUUAUUAAUAGUUCUCGGUUUAUCCGUGCAUGAAUUAUUCGAGGGGCUAGCGAUUGGUCUAGAGAGCUCUGCCGGACACGUAUGGUACAUGUUCCUCGCAGUGGCAUCCCAUAAAUUCGUCAUAGCAUUCUGCAUCGGCGUGGAACUGAUUGCAUCCCGAACUAGGCGGUAUCUGUCUAUAAUUUACGUGUGCACAUUUGCCGUGGUAUCGCCCAUCGGAAUUGGCAUCGGAAUGGGUCUGGUUGGCGGUGGAAGUGCGGCCGCGAGUGGACCGAUGGCGGUGAUAUUGCAGGGAUUGGCGUCAGGUACUCUACUUUACGUAGUGUUCUUCGAGAUCUUGCAGGAGAAUCGAACCGGACUUACGCAGUAUGUCUCGAUCCUCGUCGGUUUCCUCGUAAUGUUUGGUCUGCAAAUGUUGAGUGAGUAA